AUGGCAGCAGAAGCGUCAUCCAUCGAACUAAAGAAAGCCCCGCCAAACACUCCAUUCGCAAAGACGGCUCUUACCCCAGAUCAAGGCCCUUCUGAGAGCAACUACAAUUCAGACCGGGCAAUUAUCUCUGGAGAUGACGAGAAUCCCCCCAGUGGUGCGGCAGAGUUCUCGCUGCCGCCUGUUGACAGGGGAAAGGAUGCAUGGCUUUUCUUAGCGGCUUGCUUCGUCCUGGAAGCGUUGGUAUGGGGCUUUCCAUUUUCGUUUGGUGUUUUUCAGGACUAUUAUCGAACACAUGAACCCUUUGCUGGGUCGUCUAAAACUGCCGUAAUUGGCACAACUGCAAUGGGUAUCAUGUAUCUCGAUAUUCCAAUCAUCAUGGCCGUCCAGCGUAUAUACCCAAAGCCAACUCGUUAUGCGCCUGUCGCCGGUCUUUUAUUCCUAUGCCUUGCUCUCGCCAUCUCUUCCUUUUCGCAAAAUGUUACGCACCUCAUCCUGACCCAGGGAGUCCUCUAUGCCAUCGGUGGUUCCAUCUGCUACUGUCCCUGCAUGCUAUACAUGGACGAGUGGUUCCAUUCCGCUAACUUCAUUGUCGACGGCGUAAUGUGGUCUGGAACGGGCCUUGGUGGUUUCACCAUCCCUCUUCUCCUCGAGUUCUUCCUCAACAAGUACGGUUUCAGAACCACGUUGCGGAUCUGGGCUCUCGCCAUGUUUAUUUUGUCCGCACCAUUGGUUUGGUUCAUUAAGCCGCGGCUACCCUUUUCUGCUACGGCUCACUACAGGCCGUUUAACCUCAAGUUUCUGGCGAACCGUUCUUUCGGCAUGUACCAGCUCACAAACAUUGUGCAAGGCGUUGGAUACUUUCUUCCGGGCAUCUAUCUGCCGACAUACGCGCGGGUGUACCUCGAUGCUGGUGAUUUCCCGUCGGCUUUGACACUCUUGGUCUUGAAUGUCGGUUCUGUUAUAGGAUGUGUCGCCAUGGGUAUCUUUAUUGAUCGUCUACAUGUGACGACGUGUCUUGGAAUAGCGACUGUCGGCACCGCGAUUGGUACCUUUUUCCUCUGGGGACUAGGCAGUACCAUGACCUCCCUUUACGUAUUUUGCUUCGUUUAUGGCAUGUUUGCGGGAUGUUAUACGUCUUCAUGGCCUGGAAUCAUGUCGCAUCUCAUGUCAAUAGGCAGCGGGUCAAGGGAAGAGAACAGCGGGAGACGUUCCACCUAUGACCCUCUCAUGGUGGUUGGUUGGCUGUCUGCUGGGCGUGGCAUUGGUAAUGUCGUCUCAGGGCCGUUAAGUGAGGCGCUGCUAAAGGGAAUGCCAUGGCAAGGUCAAGCUGCCGGCGGGUAUGGCAGCGGAUAUGGGACGCUGAUAGCAUUUACUGGCGCAACGGCUGUUGUUGGAGGCAGCACUUUCUUAUUUCGAAGGAUUGGAUGGCUGUAG